AACGUUGCUGGAAGGUGAGAUACCUUCAUCAUCCAUUGGGGGGCAACAAAGAGAAGCCCUCAUCCCUACCGACGUUGAAAGUUCUCAUCAAACUGAAGUAGCCAUGACUUUCCCUUUGGGCAGAAGCGCCCUGGUGCUCUGGGCCCUCUGGCUGCACAUGGUCUCCCCCGACCCGGAUCUUUCCAGAGCCGCUGCCGUCAUCGCCCAGACCUUCAACCUCGUCCACCACAUGCAACUCAACAGCUCAGAGCUUUUGCACACCUAUUUGAUUCACCAAGGCAGCCCAUUUAGCGACCCUGACUUCAGUGCCCAAAAGAUCGGUUACGAAGGGGUGCCGUCAGCUGACAUUCCCUUCCUCGUGUGGUGUAACCUCAGCGACUGUGACCGCCUCAGCCAGAACUACAAGACCUACAAGGAGUUCUUCAAGUUCCUUCUGCUGAUCAGGAAUGACCAGAUGGAGCUCAGCCCUGACAAAGAGGACCUGCUGGAGAUGUUGAAAGUCACCCAGCUGCAUAUCAAAGGCCUGCUCAGCAACUUGACUUCCAUCAUGAUGGCCUUACAGUUCCCACUCAGCACCAGGACUGAGGACACUCUCACGUUGCAGGCAGCUGGAGCCAACAGCUUCGAGAAGAAAGUUCGGGGGUACAUAGUCUGCCUCAGGUACAAAGAAUGGGUCGACCGGACAGUGAAAGACUUUGCUCGCCUCACAAAGAAAUUCCCCAUGCCCAGCUUCUCACCAUAGGUUGUUGAGGGGAACCCACACGUUCAAGGCAGAUAUCAUGCGAUAA